AUGGCCACACCCGAACCCGACCGGUUACGUAAGAAAGACGUAACUGGACAGCUAGUUAGCCAAGUCAUAUGCAGAUCGGAGUUGCAAGUGAAAUUAGGGAUCAGAAGUGAAGAUGGGGGGUUAUGGUUAGAGUUAGUUAAGCGCAAGGGCGUGGAUGAAGAGGGAAACCAGAUAGAUGCCAAGACACCGCAAGAGCAAAGACACGGCGGAGAUCAGACAGACUUCAUCAGGCAACGCCCGCCUUCUUCCCUCGCUCGCUCUGGCUUGAUCUUCGUCUCACGGCUGAUAUCGCUUAUUCCGCCUGCGUCUUCAAAUUCCUUUUAUUCUCCCACUGCUCCCAGUCCCUCGCUGCGUCUGAAAGACUCUCUCUCGCUACACGGGUUCCUAUACCAAGAUACACCGUCUGGAACUCUCGAAUUACCUGGUUCCUCAGGCCUUGGGGUCUUGAGCGCUCUUGGUGGCGUUGAACAAAAAAAAAUCCGUGUUGUGUGGAUCAAAGGAAAACGUCUCAACCUGCAACAACAGCUGGAAACCGGGGUGGGAAGCCCUGUGGGGAAAAGAGUCCGGAAACAGGCUCGAAGGAAUAGGAAGCAGACCAGGCUCUGUCGUUGUCUGGGCGCAAUGAUUACGGGCACAUCGCGAUACUCUGCGCUCUUGUUCCGGACCCCCACCCCUGACCAAACGCCUCAACUGUCACCCGCCCCCUCAGAUAGUGACUCGGACGACGAUAACGCGAUGGAAGGCUGGCACUCGAACACCAGACCACUCAGCCUUGCUAUCCCCUCUACCGGCACUCGACCGACCCUGGACGAUGUAUUGUCCGGAGUUUCACCGCCGCCCUACACACUCUCUGCUUUCAUGGCUUUCCUUUCUCAGAACCAUUGUUUAGAGACCCUCGAAUUUACGAUGGAGGCGAAGCGGUAUCAGGACAAUUAUUACGCCGACCCCUCACGAACACAACAUCUCUGUAAGCUCUUCCAGAGGAUAUUGACAGCAUACAUCUUUCCGGCAUCUCCACGCGAGAUCAACGUAUCUAGUGAGGUCAGAGACGACCUCCUAAGCCAUUCAAACUCACCCACUCCACCUCGGCCAGAAACACUCGAUUCCGCCGUCAGGAGGAUGCGAGAUCUAAUGGAAGAGUCAAUAUUCCUUCCGUUUCUACACAGCCAAAGUCCACCUGCGAUAACACCACAUUCGCCCUUUGAUGAAACAAAAGCGGAGGAUGAUUCCCAAAUGCCCCGCCAUUCUUCCAUACGCCGGCAACUCUCACCCCAGUCGUCGUUUGCCUCGCCACGCUCGCCUAUUGCCGGGUACUCUCUACCAUCCAACACCGACGUUGGAUUGCAUGCUGGGGCGCAGGGGCAGGGCCACAGUCCCAAAGCAAGACCGGAAAAUUCAUGGAAGAAAAUGGGGUUGAAACUUGGUUGGAAAAAGCGGCCAGGAGGUGGAGGGAGUGCCGGAUCGAGGGAUGGCCGGUCCCCUCCAACUGAAGAGGAUUAA